CUCACUCAUAUUGAUAAUUCUUAUUUUAUUACAGCAAAAGGCGCGAAGGGAACUGGAGGGCACCAAAACUCAGCCAAAGAUUCUCUCAAGAAUCUCUUUCACUAGUGUAGGUCACUCUUUCUCGCCAUCAUCAUCAUCAACAAAGGCAACUUCUGGAUGGAUUCACAAGGAGGCAAAUACUUCACUAAUCUUUUGCACAAGGACUCCAACUUUGAUGAUUUAAUUUUUAUGGAUUCUCAAGAUCAAAUGGGUCAAAAUGUGAAACAAAAUACUCAAGUACCUACUGAAACAACUCAAUUCUCACCUCAAAUGGGAUCCACUACUAAAAGAUCACGUGGUAGAAACUUCACUAUAGAUGAAGACAAUCUGAUUGUAUCGGCAUGGCUUAAUACUAGCUUGGAUGCAGUGUACGGGAAUAAGCAAAAAGAUAAGACAUAUUGGUCAAGAGUAUAUGAGUACUUCCACAAACACAAGACCUUUAAUCAUGAAUGUAAUGCGAACUCUCUAAUGCAUCGGUGGUCAACCAUUCAACUUGGCACAAAUAAGUUCUGUGGAUGUUUUGCCCAAAUUGAAUCAAGGCAUCAAAGUGGUAUAAAUGAGCAAGACAAGAUCUCUCAAGCAAAACUGUUAUACCAAGAAUUGCAUAAAAGUUCAUUUCAGUUUGAUCAUUGUUGGAAUUUGUUGAGGUUCCAAGCAAAAUGGGUAGAGGAUUGUCAAAAGAAAAAACUAACAAAAAAGCCAACAUUGACCACCAUCCCUCCCUCUACUCCAGAUACAGUUAAUCUAGGAGAUAAUGAUGGAUCGCAUGAUGCCUUUGUAGACUUGGAGAGACCAAUAGGCAGGAAAGCUGAAAAAGAGCGGAUAAAGAAACGAAAGAGUGGAGAUUAUAUGACUUCGCCUCUUGCUGGGAUACUAACUGAGAUAAAAGAAGAUAAUAAAAAGAAUAGUGAGAAGAAAAUAGAAAUCCUGGAGAAAGCAUAUGUUCAGGAGGAACAAAGACUUCGACACAAGGAACAAAGACUUCUUCAAGAGGAACAAAGACUUCUUCAUGAGAAAGAAAGACUUGCUAUCAAAAAUGAAAUGUUCAAAGCGGAACAACUUAAAGAGGAGGAGAGAAUUAUGUUGAUGAAUACUAGUGGUUUGUCUCCGAUGCAACAACAAUAUUACCAUCGUCGCCAUUUGGAAAUCCUUGAAAAAGGAAAGUAAAUGCAGGUUAUGGAAGUUAAAUAUUUUUUUGUAUGGGCUAUGAUAUGGAAAUUAAUGUAUUUUGACUCAAUUCUGCAGGAAUUUUUUGUAAUUGACCAUGAUAUGAAAAUGUAAUGUAUAUUGACUAUAGUGCAAGAAUUUUGUAAUGGACCAUGGUUUGAAAAUGUAAUGUAUUUUGACUAUAAUGCAGGAAUUUUG